CUACAGUUGGAGAAGAGCGUCCGGCGACUGAGAGAGAAGUUCUAUGGCCAAAUCCCAAUAGAGACAGCAGUCCAUCUCAUGAGGAAGUUUGCCAACAAUCAUGUUCAAGUGUGUCAAUACAUCAUCCUGUGCAAGGAUGACCUUAAUGAUAUGGAUCCAGAUGACAAAAGCAGUUUGAAAAAAGACAAAGUUGCAAUGAAUGUGAUCAAUAAACUGAAGAAGGACAAAGACACGCCAAAGGACCUGAGUGCAGACAAGGACAUACAGAACCUGGCUGAAAAGUUGAAGCAUCUUCCACUGACAGAGAAGAACCUUAAAAUGUUCAACAACGCUACUGAAAACCACAUCCCCGCUCACAACCGCCAGUUCUCAUGUAAAGAAUGUGACAAGAUGUGGUGGCGAAGGGUUCCACAGAGGAAAGAGGUGUCCAGAUGUCACAACUGCCGGAAGAAAUAUGACCCAGUACCUUAUGAUAAGAUGUGGGGGAUCGCCGAGUUUCAUUGCCGGACCUGCAACCGGAUGUUCAAGGGAUUUGCUCAGAUGGGCUGCGCUUGUCCAUGUUACAUGUGUGGUACACCCGUCCUGCCCAUUCGCAUACUUCCUCCAAGUCGGAACAAAGGCCCGCGAACCCGCAACCCUCACAGCUGCUUUGCUGAAGACUGUUACAGUCGCAGAGAGCCUCAUGUUCCAGGUAUGCUAUGUGUCCACCCUAGAAGCAGAGCUAAAAACAACCUACCCAAAGUGCUUUAUGCCAGCUCACCACAUGUGAGCUCAGGAUCCACCGUGGCCACCUGCUUGAGCCAGGGCAGCUUGACCCAGUGUGAUCUGGAUGACCUUAUCCUGGAUGAUAUCAAAGAGACGGAUGAAGAGGAGAGCGAUGACGACAGUUAA